AUGAAUAGCUUUGAAAGAUUUGAAUCAAUUUUGUCGUCUUCAGAUCAAUAUGUUUUUCCAGUUAUAGAAGCGAAUCCGGCCUACGUGAGUGUCGAUGAAUUACAGAAUGAUAAAGAAGAUGUAAAUAAUGAUGCCGACACAACUACAGCGGCACCAACUUACGCUGCUGUAAAGAAAACAAAUGAAUCAAAACCAAUAGCUGAAACCGCAACAGUUUAUUCUUCGGUACAAAAAAAACAAAAGAAAGAGGCUAACAAAAAAAAAGAUAAAAAGAAAUCUGAUGUGAAGAAAACAAUGAUAGGUAACGAUAUCAAAUCUGAAAGACAAAAUGCCAAAACCAAAAAGGCAGGUGAAGUCUAUGAAAAUGUCGGAAUAAUUGGUAAAGCUAAUAUCGGGCAGGAAAAUGUUUAUGAAAAUAAUUCUCUUGAGAUUCCAGGAGAGCGAGUAAAUAAAGACAGUGAUGACUUGGUGUAUGUAGAUCUGAAGUUUGAUAAGGACCCGACCAACAAGGUGUUCACGAAACCAGCCGAUGAAGUCACAGUGGAAUAUGGCAGUAUAGAUUAUGGUAAGAGAGGACCAACCCCACCACCGGCUUCGGAUAGUAGUGAUGAAGAGAUGGACUAUCUUCCACCAAGACAUUAA